GAAUGUGAUCCUGAACAAAAUCCUUCUAAAAAAUUAGCUUCAGGCAACAGAGAAAAGAAAAUGGACCUGUUGUUUUGAAAUAUCGGUGUAAAGCAAACUGUUCUUGUAGGAAGUCACGACUGGAAAGUUUUGUUUGGCUCUUAUUAUACCUGAAUGAAAGGAACUAUCAGCUUGCUUCUCUCAAAGACUGGAAUUAUCUGAGAUUAUCUGAAGUCUGGACAUGAUCACCAGAGAAGGAAACACAGAAGAGUAGCUGAAGGACGUUGGUCAAGAUGACGUCCGAAGAAAUGGCUGCUUCCGUCCUCAUCCCUGUGACUCAAAGGAAACUGGCUUCUGUUCAGUCAGGGGCAGAAGAGAGGAGUGAAAAAGAUGCUGGUAUUCCUAAGGCACGUGUUGGAGCACAGGGUGCGCUCAUCCCUCAUACCAUCUCACAGUGGAGCAAACCUAAGGAAGAGUCUUCUAGAAGUAAUUUGUCCAACGUCUUCUCAAUAGCAAAUGGGGAACUAGUCAGCGAUGAGAAUCACAAUGAAAAAUGCUGGCAGGAGAAUGUCCCGGAUUCCGUGAAAACCCACAUGGUUAACUGCAACCUCUUAUUGCAAAGUCACCAGCAUGAGCUUCCCCGGAGCCAGCUUUGUGAAGCCCGUGACUCUGUCACAGAAGACCCGUGUUUGCAACCUGGAAUUCCUUCUCCACUGGAAAGGAAGAUGUUCCCUGGAAUUCAACUGGAGACGGAGGACUCUCCCAUGGAUGUGAGCCCUUUGGGAAAUCAGCCUGGAAUCAUGGAGUCCAGAGGACCUCACUCUGAUGACAACAUGGCGGUAUUUCAUUUCCAUUACGAAGCUGACCGGACAACAUCGGAUGCUUUUCAUACCCUGUCAGAAAAAUUAAUUUUGGAUGACUGUGCAAACUGUGUUACUCUUCCUGGGGGGCAGCAAAAUAAAAAUUACAUGGCAUAUACUUGUAAACUGGUGGAAUUGACAAGGACCUGUGGUUGUAAGAAUGGGCAGCUGAAGUGUGACCAUUGUACCUCGCUGCGUGAUGAAUAUCUGUGCUUUGAAAGCUCCUGCCCGAAGGCCGACAAGGUCUGCUCAGGUGGUGGCUUUUGCGAGGAUACCUUUACUCAAGGUCCUGUUGCCAAGACGUUUCUGAGCCCUAUGGAGGAUUUCUCUGAUAAUUGUGAAGACGUAGACGAUUUCUUUAAAAGCAAAAAGGAGCGGUCUACUUUGUUAGUCCGAAGGUUUUGUAAAAAUGACAGGGAAGUUAAGAAGUCUGUGUAUACUGGAACAAGAGCGAUCAUGAGAACCCUGCCUUCUGGCCGUAUUGGGCUGGCUGCUUGGAAUUACGUCGAUCAGAAGAAAGCUGGUCUCAUAUGGCCUUGUGGGGAUGUGAUGGAACCUCUGCCAACAAUGGACAUGAGGCAAAGUGGGAGCCAACGUCUGUCUGAAGUCCAGUGGUGUCUGAUCUACAGUGCCGUGAGACGAGGGGAAGAAACAGAAGAUACGGUUGGAUCUCUUCUCCACUGUUCCACACAGCUCCCAACCUCUGAGGCAGCCCAUGGAAGGAUUGGAGGGGGUCCCUGCUUAAAGCAAUGUGUACGAGACAUCGAAUGUGAGUACCGUGCCACCCUCCAAAGGACGUCCAUAGCUCAGUACAUCACUGGUUCUCUCCUAGAGGCAACCACAUCUUUAGGAGCAAGAAGCGGCCUUCUCAGUUCCUUUGGAGGUUCCACUGGACGAAUAAUGUUGAAAGAACGCCAACCAGGUACCUCUAUGGCCAAUUCCAAUCCUGUUCCUUCAAGUUCAGCUGGAAUCAGCAAGGAACUGAUUGAUCUCCAGCCUCUCAUUCAGUUCCCAGAGGAAGUAGCCAGCAUCUUAACAGAACAGGAACAGAACAUUUACCGCAGGGUCCUGCCCGUGGACUACCUCUGUUUCUUAACCCGGGACUUGAGUUCCCCUGAAUGCCAGAGAUCACUGCCCUGUCUCAAAGCAUCCAUCUCAGAAUCAAUCUUCACGUCUCAAAGUGGAGAGCACAAUGCCCUUGAAGACCUCGUGAUGAGAUUUAACGAGGUGAGCUCCUGGGUAACGUGGCUGAUCCUCACAGCAGGCUCCAUGGAGGAGAAGCGGGAAGUCUUCUCUUAUUUGGUGCAUGUGGCCAAAUGCUGCUGGAACAUGGGUAACUACAAUGCUGUCAUGGAGUUCCUGGCAGGCCUCAGGUCAAGGAAAGUUCUAAAGAUGUGGCAGUUCAUGGACCAGUCUGACAUUGAGACCAUGCGGAGCCUGAAGGACGCCAUGGCCCAGCACGAGUCUUCCGUGGAGUACAAGAAGGUAGUGACCCGAGCCUUGCACAUCCCGGGCUGCAAAGUGGUUCCCUUCUGUGGGGUGUUCCUGAAGGAGCUCUGUGAGGUCCUUGAUGGCGCAUCUGGCCUCCUGAAGCUCUGCACACGGUACAGCUCCCAAGAAGAAGCUCUGGAGUUUGUAGCCGAUUACAGUGGACAAGAUAACUUCUUACAGCGAGUGGGACAGAAUGGCUUAAAGAAUUCAGAGAAGGAGCUCACGGUCAACAGCAUCUUUCAGAUCAUCCGGAGCUGCAGCCGAAGCUUGGAGAUGGAGGAGGAGGAUAGCGCCAGCGAAGGGAGCGGCUCGAGGAAAAACUCCCUGAAGGACAAAACCCGAUGGCAGUUUAUAAUUGGAGAUUUGCUGGAUUCAGAAAAUGACAUCUUUGAGAAGUCCAAAGAGUGUGACCCUUAUGGAUCAGAGGAGUCACAGAAAGCCUUUGACCAUGGCACAGAGCUCAUCCCAUGGUACGUGUUGUCCAUCCAAGCAGAUGUGCACCAGUUCCUAUUGCAGGGGGCCACAGUCAUCCACUAUGACCAGGACACACAUCUCUCCGCCCGCUGCUUUCUCCAGUUGCAGCCUGACAAUAGCACCUUGACCUGGAUGAAGCCUCCCACUGCCUCCCCAGCUGGUGCCAGACCCAAGCUUGGUAUGCUUAGUAACAUGGCUGAGCCUGGCAAGUUCCCAUCACUGGGCAACGCUGGGGUGAACGGCCUGGCAGAGGGAAUCCUGGAUCUGUUUUCAGUGAAGGCUGUGUACAUGGGACACCCUGGCAUUGAUAUACACACUGUGUGUGUCCAGAACAAACUUAGCAGCAUGCUUCUGUCAGAGACAGGGGUGACGCUGCUCUAUGGGCUUCAGACCACCGACAAUAGAUUACUGCACUUUGUGGCGCCAAAGCACACAGCUAAGAUGCUUUUCAGUGGAUUGCUGGAGCUCACUACAGCUGUGAGAAAGAUAAGGAAGUUCCCUGACCAAAGACAACAGUGGCUUCGGAAACAGUAUGUCAGCCUCUAUCAGGAGGAUGGUCGAUAUGAAGGCCCCACCUUGGCACAUGCUGUGGAGUUGUUUGGUGGUAGGCGUUGGAGCACUAGAAACCCCAGCCCUGGGAUGUCAGCAAAGAAUGCUGAGAAGCCCAACAUGCAGAGAAACAACACCCUGGGCAUAAGCACCACCAAGAAGAAGAAGAAAAUGCUCAUGAGGGGAGAGAGUGGAGAGGUGACGGACGAUGAGAUGGCUACCCGCAAGGCCAAAAUGUACAGAGAGUGUCGAAGUCGGAGCGGCUCUGACCCUCAAGAUGUCAAUGAACAAGAAGAGUCGGAGGCCAAUGUCAUCACUAACCCACCCAACCCCCUCCAUUCCAGAAGAGCCUACUCUUUGACCACCACUGGGUCCCCCAACUUGGCUACCGGGAUGUCAUCUCCCAUCAGUGCCUGGAGCAGUAGCAGCUGGCACGGGCGGAUCAGAGGAGGAAUGAAAGGUUUCCAGAGCUUCAUGGUCUCAGACAGUAACAUGAGUUUCGUUGAAUUCGUUGAGCUGUUCAAAUCAUUCAGCAUAAGGAGCCGCAAGGAUUUGAAGGACAUCUUUGACAUCUACUCUGUACCCUGCAAUCGCUCUGCCUCUGAGUCAGCCCCACUGUACACCAACCUGACAAUUGAAGAAAAUACCAGUGACCUUCAGCCUGACCUAGAUUUGCUGACUAGAAACGUCUCCGACUUGGGGCUGUUCAUUAAGAGUAAACAGCAGCUUUCUGACAACCAGAGGCAGAUAUCUGAUGCUAUUGCUGCUGCAAGCAUUGUUACUAAUGGUACUGGGAUUGAAAGCACAUCCCUGGGCAUAUUUGGGGUCGGCAUACUCCAGCUCAACGACUUCCUGGUGAAUUGCCAAGGAGAACACUGCACGUAUGAUGAAAUCCUCAGCAUCAUUCAGAAAUUCGAGCCUAGCAUCAGCAUGUGUCACCAAGGCCUGUUGUCAUUUGAAGGGUUUGCAAGGUUUCUGAUGGAUAAAGAUAAUUUCGCCUCAAAAAACGACGAGUCACAGGAGAACAAGAAAGACCUGCAGCUACCCCUCUCCUACUAUUACAUUGAAUCUUCACACAACACCUACCUCACUGGCCACCAGCUCAAGGGGGAGUCCUCUGUGGAGCUCUACAGCCAGGUCCUCUUGCAAGGAUGCAGAAGCAUAGAGCUGGACUGCUGGGAUGGAGAUGAUGGGAUGCCCAUUAUUUAUCAUGGACAUACACUGACAACCAAGAUCCCCUUCAAGGAAGUGGUGGAAGCCAUCGAUCGCAGUGCCUUCGUCACCUCUGACUUGCCAAUCAUCAUAUCCAUUGAGAACCAUUGCUCAUUGCCUCAACAACGAAAAAUGGCAGAAAUUUUCAAGAGUGUAUUUGGAGAAAAGCUGGUGGCUAAGUUCUUAUUCGAGACCGAUUUCUCAGAUGACCCAAUGCUUCCCUCACCUGACCAGCUUAGAAGGAAAGUUCUUCUUAAAAACAAGAAGCUAAAGGCCCACCAGACACCUGUCGACAUCCUAAAACAAAAGGCUCAUCAGUUAGCAUCCAUGCAAGCUCAGGCUUUCACUGGUGGGAAUGCCAAUCCGCCACCUGCCAGUAACGAGGAAGAGGAGGAUGAAGAGGACGAAUAUGAUUAUGAUUACGAAUCCCUUUCCGAUGACAAUAUUCUGGAAGACAGAGCUGAGAACAAAUCAUGUGCUGACAAGCUUCAGUUUGAGUACAAUGAAGAAGUCCCCAAGAGAAUAAAGAAAGCAGACAACUCCUCUGGCAAUAAGGGAAAGGUGUAUGACAUGGAACUGGGAGAGGAGUUUUACCUUCCUCAGAACAAAAAAGAAAGCAGGCAGAUUGCACCAGAGCUCUCUGACCUCGUCAUCUACUGCCAGGCAGUAAAAUUUCCAGGCCUGUCAACUCUAAAUUCAUCUGGCUCUAGCAGAGGGAAAGAAAGGAAAAGCAGGAAGUCCAUUUUUGGCAACAAUCCUGGCAGAAUGAGCCCAGGGGAGACAGCGUCAUUUAACAGAACAUCUGGAAAAAGUUCCUGUGAAGGAAUUCGACAAACCUGGGAGGAAUCUUCUCCACUCAGCCCAAGCACAUCCCUCAGCGCUAUCAUUAGAACUCCUAAAUGCUAUCAUAUCUCGUCACUGAAUGAAAAUGCCGCCAAACGUCUAUGUCGCAGGUAUUCUCAGAAACUGAUCCAGCACACGGCUUGUCAGCUGCUGAGGACCUACCCGGCAGCGACCAGAAUCGACUCCUCCAAUCCCAACCCCCUCAUGUUCUGGCUCCAUGGGAUACAGCUUGUAGCUCUAAACUACCAGACGGAUGAUCUUCCUUUACAUUUAAACGCUGCAAUGUUUGAGGCAAAUGGUGGGUGUGGUUAUGUUUUGAAGCCCCCUGUCCUGUGGGAUAAAAGCUGUCCUAUGUACCAGAAGUUUUCUCCACUGGAAAGAGACCUAGACACCAUGGAUCCUGCUAUCUAUUCUUUAACUAUCAUCUCUGGUCAGAAUGUGUGUCCUAGUAACAGCACCGGAAGUCCAUGCAUUGAAGUUGACGUCUUGGGCAUGCCCCUGGACAGCUGCCAUUUCCGCACAAAACCCAUCCAUCGAAACACUCUGAACCCCAUGUGGAAUGAGCAGUUUCUCUUCCGGGUUCACUUUGAGGAUCUUGUAUUUCUUCGUUUUGCAGUUGUGGAGAACAACAGCUCAGCGAUAACAGCUCAGAGAAUCAUUCCACUCAGAGCUUUAAAACGAGGAUAUCGACAUCUUCAGCUGCGGAACCUCCACAAUGAAGUCUUGGAAAUCUCCAGCUUAUUCAUAAACAGUAGAAGGAUGGAAGAAAAUCCCUCUGGCAGUACCAUGCCAGCCUCUUUGAUGUUUACUACUGAAGAGAGGAAAUGUUCUCAGACUCACAAAGUCACGGUGCAUGGUGUCCCAGGUCCAGAGCCCUUUGCUGUUUUCACUAUAAAUGAAGGCACCAAGGCAAAGCAGCUUCUCCAACAGAUUUUGGUGGUUGACCAAGACACCAAACUUACUGCCACAGACUAUUUUCUGAUGGAAGAGAAGCAUUUUAUAUCUAAGGAAAAGAAUGAAUGCAGGAAACAACCAUUCCAGAGAGCUGUGGGCCCAGAGGAAGAUAUCGUGCAGAUUUUAAACAGCUGGUUCCCAGAAGAAGGCUAUGUAGGCAGGAUUAUCUUAAAGCCCCAACAGGAAACCCUCGAAGAGAAAAGCAUUUUCCAGUAUGACAGAGAGGUGAUCUUGAGCUCAGAAGAGGAGAGUUUCUUUGUCCAAGUGCAUGAUGUCUCUCCAGAGCAACCUCGAACUGUCAUCAAAGCCCCACGUGUCAGCACUGCACAGGAUGUGAUUCAGCAGACCUUAUGCAAAGCCAAAUAUUCCUACAGCAUCCUGAACAACCCCAACCCAUGUGACUAUGUGCUUUUGGAAGAGGUGAUGAAAGACGCACCCAAUAAGAAGUCUUCUACCCCAAAGUCCUCACAGAGGAUCCUCUUGGACCAAGAGUGUGUGUUUCAAGCCCAAAGCAAGUGGAAGGGUGCAGGGAAAUUCAUCCUUAAGCUAAAGGAGCAGGUGCAGGCAUCCCGAGAAGAUAAAAGGAGGGGUAUCUCCUUUGCAAGUGAAUUCAAGAAACUCACUAAAUCCACUAAGCAGUCCCGAGGAUUCACAUCACCUCCUCAGUUUGUGGCCUCAGAAAGUGUUCAAAGCAAGGAGGAGAAACCCAUGGGUGCCUUGGCCUCUGGUGACACAAUGGGCUACCAGCAGUGAGCAUGUGCAGCGUAUUUGUUCCAGGGAUAUGAAGGGGACGAUCCUUGAUGAGAAGCUAUCAAGAAUGAACGUGGUGGAAAGAAAGAUACUUUACCUCCAUCACAUUUAAACUGGAAACAUGAUUUCUGAACUCUGGCCCUCUUCACACCUGAUGUGAGGUUCACACAGAGGACAAGCUAACCAACUUCCUGAGGAAUGGAGCAGGGACACCCAGGGUAUUGCCCAGGGCACUACAGGUGGAAAAGCCACCCCCUCACCCCAAGCUUAAGGCAAAAAGCCUCACCUGUAAAGGGCCAGGCUGUAAACAUUUUAGGGUUGGGGCCACGUGGCUUCUGCUGCAUUGAGUCACCUCAGCAACUGGAGUGCAAACGCAGCUGCCGACAACAGGUACAGGAAUGAACGUGACUGAACAAUAAAACUUUAUUUAUGGACACUUAAAUUGGAAUUUCAUAUAAUUUUCACAGGUCACACAUCUUUCAAGUGUUUCAACCACUUAAAAUUGUAAAAUCUUUCUUAGUUUAAGGAUCAGACAAAAACACACACACACACACACACACACACGAAUUUGGCCCAAGGACCAGUUUGCUGACCCAACUUGGGAAAACUUAGAGCCAAAGGCAUAGAGGUUAGAAAACCUCGAAAGCUGACUCAUGGUUUAAUGAGAAGUGGAAGUCUGAGGGCAUUGGAAAUGUAAAUAUGUCCUGUAAGAUUUGUUAACAAUUAUUCAAAUUAGUUCCUAUAUUGUGCACCCAGGUGCACUUUUUGCGCUGCCUUUCCUCAAAUAGAAAUGUUUUUUCGAAAGCUAUGAUUCAUACAUCCACAGACUGUUCCGUUUUCAGUUCUCACAAAGUGAAUGGUGUACAAUUUAGUGUCUAUUGAGUUGUUAUGUCUUCAUAAGAAGCCUAAAUCAUUUUUAAAAAGCAAAAGUAGACUGAGUUGAUGUUAAAGGUAGAUUUAUUUAUUUUACAAUGUUUAUACUGACACUGUACUUGUGUAUUUAUUAGACAUAGCUUUCUUGAUAUUGCUAUGGGUGGCAAACAUUAGGGGUUCAAUCUAUUUCAAGACAUCCUAAAAAUAAAUCAUAUGAGCAUGAGAAGUGGGUAGAGAUCCAGA